GUUACACCUUAAGUUAAGUCAGUGCACGCAUGUGUACAACGUUUUUYUGGGGGAAGAAACGGCGUGCAGCAACCAGGCAUAGCAGUGGAAUUAUGGCACUGAAUGCAGAUGAUGAUGACUUCGAGUGGACACCCCCUUCAGAAUCUGAGAUGAAGGUUAUUCAUGCUCAGCGGGAACGACAGGACAAGAUAAGCAAGCUCAUGGGCGCCUACCUCCUCAAGGGCUACAAGAUGUUAGGAGAAUGCUGUGAGCAAUGUGGGACGAUUCUCCUUCAGGACAAGCAGAAGAAGAACUACUGUGUUGCAUGUCAGGAGCUGGACUCUGACGUAGACAAGGACAACCCAGCUCUGAAUGCCCAAGCUGCCCUGUCACAGGUCCGAGAGAGACAGCUGGCCUCUCAGCCUGUCCCUCAGGCCAAUGAAGCACCCUCCAGCGACGCCCCCCUCUCCAUCACUGGGCAGCCCAGACCAGAGCACUGUGAGGGGGCUGCGUCAGGACUGAGAGGACCCCUACCUCCACCAGCCAACCCCUCUCCUGCAUCCACCGUGACCCCCAGCUUCCUCCCUCCGUCCACCCCCUCCAUCCAGCCAGUCCAGGUGCCAGCCCCCCUAGUAGCCCCUGCACCUCACCCAGCCCUAUCCAGUGCUGAGGAAGUAGUGCUGCACAAGCUGCGGUGGGCCACACARGAGCUCCAGCACUCAGCCUCAGUAGAGGCCAGUAUCCAGCUGUGCAGCUUGAUCCGCAGCUGUGCAGAUUCACUGCGCAGCCUGAAAGAGCUUCACCAAUCAUGAGACUGAACUGAUGGCAAUUCAAAAAAAACACAAAAAAAAGAAAUAAAAAGAAAGAAAUAAGGCAUCAACACACACUCACUCACAUAAGCAACACCGGAAGUUAUAGCAGCUUGUUUCCCUUGCAAUGGUUUUUGUGACAAGUUGAAGCUGCUUCGCCUCUGCCGGUUAAGGUUAUUAUAAUAAACUUGGACAACUGUCUGCAUAUGCAUACUUUGCAUUUUGAGGGCCUGACCUGUAGUUAUAUUUUGUUUAUACAUUGCUGUUACUUUUUAUUUGCAGUCUUCUCUGUGGAUGCAGGGUAAAGUUUUGACACAAACUUGCAUGAUGACAAUGGGCACCGCUGAGUGGUCGAACAUCUUGAGCUAAAUAUAGUUGAAUGGUGUUUGACUGGUUGGUAUUAAUGUAUGUCAAUUGUUUAUAAAAUCAGAAUUUAUCCACGUUA